AUGAGGCGUGGGCAGCGAUGGAGUUGUCUGGUCCCGUUAGCCGUGUUCUUCUGUAUAGUAUUUUAUUGUAAUCAGUCAUUAUGGGAUACAAUCGGAAAUCGACCAGUCAGUAAUGUUAUAGCUGGUAGCGGAUUUCGUAAAUUGUUAGAGGAGAAUGGCAAAAUUGUGGAACGACCUCAUCCAGAUGGUGCUAUACAACAGUUUCCGAAAUGUUUAAUCAUCGGAGUAAGGAAAUGUGGAACUCGAGCGUUAUUGGAAUUUUUAGAUCUCCAUACUGGAAUCCAAUCAGCAUAUCAUGAAGUUCAUUUUUUUGACGAUGAUAAAAAUUAUAAUCAAGGAUUAGAAUGGUAUCGUAAGAGUAUGCCAUAUUCACUUCCAAACCAAAUUACACUGGAGAAAACUCCUAGAUAUUUUAUAUCACACGGUGUUCCGUAUCGAAUUAAACGUUUAAACAGUGAUAUGAAAAUAAUAGUGUCAUUACGUCAUCCCACAAUACGGGUUAUAUCUGACUAUACACAGAUAUAUUAUAAUAAACUCAUGAAAAAUGAAACGCCUGAUAAAUUUGAAACAAUGGCUCUGGAUCCAGAGACUGGAGAUUUAAAUAUGAGAUAUAAAGCUUUACAAAUUAGUGUAUAUCAUCACAAUUUUGCACGGUGGUUAAAAAUAUUCCCGCGUAACCAAAUUCACAUUGUGGAUGGAGACAAUUUAAUAGUUGAUCCAGUGUCAGAAAUCCGUAAAAUUGAAAAAUUCCUUGGAUUAUCACAUGAAAUAACGUAUGAUAAACUGUAUUUUAAUACGACUCGAGGAUUUUAUUGUAUGCGUGUGAAUUCUACGAUGGAGAAGUGUUUAGGUGCUAGUAAAGGACGGAGACAUCCAGAUAUUGAUCCAAAUCUUAUACAAAGGUUUAAUAAAUUUUUCCGCCCUCACAACGAAAAACUGUUUAAAAUGUUAAAUAGAAGGUUUCCGUGGUCCUGA